UCCCUUUUUAACUUUGAAAAGAAAGUUCAAGUCAGUGCCGUGGUACAGUCCAGGCCUGGUUCCUUGCAAGGCUCAUCCACGCUUGCUGAGGAAACAUUUUUUCUUCUCCUGUCAGUGUAUCCAUUUUAUAACAGAACAAUGUGUUUGUGCUUUGUAGGACUUUUCUAGCACCUCUAAUUUGGACAGACAGAACUUGGCGGAAGAAAAAGCAGAUUAUUUCUGAUCCCUUAGAGGUUUGUUGGGAGCACAGAUGGAUGAGCAAGAUUCAUCUGACCCUGAAGGAGGAAGAGGGAAUUUCAUCCUAAUGGGGAGCAGCAGGGGAUUCCGGGAAAACUCUGUGCAGAUUCUGGAUGAGGACCACACUCUUCGCUCUGAUGUGCAGAGCCAGCAGUUCAAACAGUUCUGCUACCAAGAGGUCAAGGGUCCCCGAGAGUUUUGCAGUCGACUCUACCACUUUGACCGUCAAUGGCUAAAGCCAGAAAGGCACACGAAAGCUGAGGUGCUCGACCUGGUGAUCUUGGAGCAGUUCCUGGCUGUCCUUCCACCGGAGAUGGAGAGCUGGGUGAGGGAAUGUGGAGCGAAGACCAGUGCCCAGGCAGUGGCCCUGGCCGAGGGUUUCCUCUUGAGUCAGGCAGCGGAGAGAAAGGAGGCAGAACGGCAGGGAAAAUAUCUGUCUGCAAAAAUGGGCACGGAUUCCUCUGAGGCAGAGAGGAUUCUGUUGGAUACCAGAGAGAGGCCACUGGGUGACAGAAAUACAUCAGUGAAAUCUCAUCCAUAUUUUCAUGGCAGCGGAGGGGAAGCGGCAGCUGUGGAACCAGAUCAGGGUCCAGUGUGCUUUGAAGAUGUCGCUGUUUGUUUCACAGAUGAGGAAUGGGCAUUGCUGGAUUCUGACCAGAGAGCUUUACAUAAGGAAGUCAUGGAGGAGAAUCGUGGGAUCAUGGACUCACUUGGCAAUGACAAAUUAAAAAUGAUCAAGGGAGACCAUGGCGGAAUCCACACAAUGAAGAAGCCACAUAAAUAUUUGGAGUGUGGAGACAGAUUUCAUCAGAGCUCACAUUCCACUUCCCAUCAAAUAAAUCCCAUUGGGAAGAAAUCCUAUCAGUGCUUAGAAUGUGGAAAGAGCUUUGGUCGGAAACGAACUCUCACAGCCCAUAACAGAGUCCACACUGGGGAGAAACCCUACCAGUGCUUGGAAUGUGGAAAGAGCUUCAGUCACAACAGCAAUCUCACUUCCCAUCAAAGAAUUCAUACCGGGGAGAAACCUUAUCAGUGCUUGGAAUGUGGAAAGAGUUUCACUCAGUGCGCAACUUUCACUUCCCAUCAAAGAAUUCAUACCGGAGAGAAACCCUACCAGUGCUUGGAAUGUGGAAAGAGCUUCCGUCACUCCACCGCUCUCACUUCCCAUCAAAGAAUUCAUACUGGGGAGAAGCCCUAUCAGUGCUUGGAAUGUGGAAAGAGCUUAAGUAAGAGCUCUGCUCUCACUUCCCAUCAACGAAUUCAUACUGGGGAGAAACCCUACCAGUGCUUGGAAUGUGGAAAGAGCUUCCGUCACAGCACCGCUCUCACUACUCAUCAAGUAAUUCAUACCGGGAAGAAGCCCUAUCAGUGCUUGGAAUGUGGAAAGAGCUUUGGUCAGAAGGGAAAACUCAAUUUACAUCAAAGAAUUCAUACUGGGGAGAAACCCUUUGAAUGCCAAGAGUGUGGAAAGAGCUUUAGUAAGAGCAACCAUCUCACUUCCCAUCAAAGAAUUCAUACAGGGGAGAAACCUUAUGAGUGCUUGGAAUGUGGAAAGAGCUUCACUCGGAAGGAAAGUCUCGCUUCCCACCAAAGAACACACAGUGAGGAGAAACCCUAUCAGUGCUUGGAAUGUGGAAAGGGUUUCAGUCGGAAGGAAACACUGACUUUCCAUCAAAGAAUUCAUACUGGAGAGAAACCAUAUCAGUGCAUGGAAUGUGGAAAGAGCUUCAGUCACAGAGCUAAUUUCAUGGCCCAUCAAAGAACUCACAGCGGGGAGAAACCGUAUCAAUGCUUGGAAUGUGGAAAGAGCUUCCGUUACAGCAGCAAUCUCACUGUCCAUCAAAGAACUCACAGCAUGGAGAAACCAUACCAGUGCUUGCAAUGUGGGAAGAGCUUCCAUCAGAGCAGCGCCCUCACUUCCCAUCAAACAAUUCACAGUGGGGAGAAACCAUAUCAGUGCUUGGAAUGUGGAAAGAGCUUCAAUCACAGCAGCACUCUCACUUACCACCAGACAACUCACAGAAGAGAGAAACCAUUUCAGUGUCAAGAGUGUGGAAAGAGUUUCAGUCAUAAGGAAAGUCUCACUUCCCAUCAAAUAAUUCAUACAGCGGGGAAACCC